AUUCGCAAUUUGUUCUUCCAGUCUUACUAUAUUUAAACGAUUUUAUCAACAGAAAAAAUGAAAUUCCUUUCUAAAUUAGACUUUCGUAUACUAAAAAUAUAAUUAUUUAUACAGUUUCUGUAUGUCUUUUUAUAUGAUUUACUAAUCAAAAGCUAAAAAUCUGGAAACUUGUGGAAAUUUUAUUGAUCCGGAAAUUAGUAUUUUAUUACAAAAUUUAUGGACUUUGCAUAUCUUCUUUGAGAAAAAUGGAAAAUAUCUUUCAUAGCUGCAGUUAAUGAUAACCGUUUUGCUAUUUAUGGUGCCAUUUGUUACGUUAUUUCUCCAAAAGCCCCUAGAACACAGUCUUCGUCAAAGCAUCUUUUGACUAAACCAUGUAAAUUAGAUGAGUUUUUGAAGGAAGAGAAAAGGCUUGAGUAAAGUAUUCAUCCAUAUUACCUGACAGAAACGGGAAAUGGGCGUAAUUCCGUACUUCCCUCUGAAAUCUAAAGAAUAUUCCAGCACGCGUAUACUGUAAGUAAGGCCUUUCAGAACGAUAAGUUAAAUUAAAGAUAAAAACGAUCACGAAAUAAUUUGACCAUGAAAAAACCAGUUUUUAAAACGACAGCUUACCUCUUAUGUGUGUUAGGUAUCGUAUAUACUGUACUGUACUAUUUGUCUUACUUACCAUUUACUCCUUUAAAAAGUAAAAUAAGUGCGAUUAAUUUAGUUCCAGAGCUUCAAAAAUUUGUGUUGUUUACACAAGGCUGCAAGGUGCCUAAAUAUGAUCCGUUUGAUAAAACUAUAUUGGAAUAUUAUAAGAACAUCAGUGGAGACAUAGAAUGUAGUGGUAAAAGUUAUUUGAACGUUGUUAAUAAUAAAGUUAUUUUAGACAAAACCCACAUCCAGAAAGACUUCAAAGGGAAGAAAAUUGUUUGUACAUAUAGAUCAAUUUUAAGAAAUCCAAAUAAUGAUACUUCUAGAGCAGACAAUAAAUUUGAAUAUAGUAAAGAAAAGAUGCUCAAGUUCGGCGAAGAUUUGCCUUCAGAGUUUGUCAAAGUCUUCUGCAGAACGAAUUCCACUGUCGUUUAUGAAGAAUUUUUAGCAUCUACACCACUAAAACCUCAAGUGGAGGAAAGGUGUGAAAAAAGUGCUUCUAAAAGAUUAACUAAAACACCUCUAAAUAUUAUUGUGGUAGGUAUAGAUUCUAUUUCGAAGUUAAAUUUUGAGAGACAUUUCAAAACGACCUCAGAAUUUGUUCGAAACAACCUUAAAAUGUUUGAAUUUCAUGGAUAUAUGAAAGUAGCUGACAAUACAUUUCCCAAUCUUACUCCGAUGCUAACAGGCCAUUUCAUAAAGCAUUAUUAUACUUCUAAAAAUAAAGAUAGGUAUUUCGAUGAUCUAGAUUUUAUAUGGAAAAACUUCUCAGUCAUGGGUUAUCGCACAUUAUUAGCAGAAGAUGCUCCUGAUAUGGCAACGUACAAUUAUGUGAAGAAUGGAUUUCAGUUUCCACCAACAGAUUAUUUCUUUAGACCUUUUACUAUAGCAAUUGAAGAUACUCCGUGGCACAAACGAAGUAAAGUGGAUUGCUUGCAGGCGAAACCAGAAAUUAAAGUUUUGUUCGAUUAUCUACGUAGUUUUCUUUCAACUAUGGAAAGCAGACCUUAUUUUGCCUUCACUUGGGCUGCUAGGUUAACUCAUGGCAAACUUAAUAAAGCAGGGCUUGCUGACAAACCUGCGUUUGAGCUAUUAAGCGAUAUCAAGAACAUGGGUCUCUUAAACAAAAGCAUGCUGAUAUUUAUGAGCGAUCAUGGGAUACGGUUUGGAGGUAUACGCAAGACCUAUAUUGGAAAGGUAGAAGAAAGAAUGCCUUUUUUAUUUAUAUCAUUUCCACCAUGGUUUUUGCAGGCAUAUCCUAAAAUUGCACAGAAUCUUGAACUAAAUCAGUAUCGGCUGACAACUCCAUUUGACAUCCAUGAAACUUUUGUCGACCUUUAUCAAAUGAUGUCUAAUGAUUACAAUUAUAGUCACACACCUUAUGGGAUCAGUCUUUUUAAAGAAAUACCUGUCGAAAGAAAUUGCAACAGUGCUUUCAUUCUACCGCACUGGUGUGUAUGCCACGAUUAUCAUAAAAUUCCAUCCAAAGACGCGUCGUCUCGAAAAGUAGCUAAUAUCCUCUUGGAAGCUGUGAAUAAUAUAACAAAACCUUACAGAGAUUCAUGUGCUGAACUUAAAUUGUCAUCUAUUAUAGAUGUUCGAGUAAGUAAACCAAUAAAAGAGAUGCUUACUUAUUCUGAACUCGAACGUGCAGGUGAUGAAAAGUCAGUUGUUUUUGAUGAUUCCAUCGGUUCCCAUUUGGAGUAUCAAGUAACGCUUCAAGCAGAGCCUGGUGGAGCAGAAUUUGAAAGUACUUUGCAAUAUAUUAAAGAAGCAUUUAAACUGGGCGACAUAAGCCGCAUAAACAAGUAUGGCAAUCAAGGCGAUUGUAUAGAUGACUCUGAAAUGCGCAAAUACUGCUUUUGUUUGAAAUCAGGACCUGUUUGAAAUCAUUACCUUCUUAAUUAAAGUCGAUUUGUUUUUGUUUCAGAAAUUUUAAAUUACUGCUGAAACAGACUGAAAUUAGUUUUAGACUACUAUUUAAAGAAAAUAUUUGCCUUUUAUGUAAAAAAAUAUUUAUUUAUUUUGUUAGCAAUGCAUUAAAAUAUAAUUUAUAUUUA